AAUGUUGACUUAACUCCAAGUUUAGAGUAUGAGUCAAUAAAAUAAAAGGAUGCCCCAUCAUAAGCCAAACAUAGAAAGCGUCAUCUCGUGAGUUAAGUGUAAUAGUAUCAAUUUGGUUCAGCACUGCGCUAUUGUUUGGCUUCUGUUUUGUGUUUACUUGUGUUGAUUUGGCGUUAUAUUGCCACAGCGUGUAUAUUGUACGUAGUUUUAACAACUGGAAAGUUGUUGUUUUCCAUCGCGUGCGGAGAUUUUCAGUUUUGUUCAUGAGAAAAAUAGCCAUGAAAAAAAGGGGCCGCCCGGCUAAGACUGAAAAUAACGGCGAGUCCGAGGAUUCGGAGGUGCUCAACGGAAGCACCAAUGAGAAAAGACGCGGAAGGAACUCGGUCAAGCACGGCGAUGCGAAGGAUGAAUUCGAGGAGGAAAGCUCCGAUCAAAAAUCAGAGCAGGCGUCGGAUAACAGCGACGUAGAUGACACAGGACCAGAUAGGAAGAAAAAGAAGAAGGCUAACAACAGGAGGACUUCCGCAGCAAAGAAGAGCAAAGCUAAAAAUGUCGUAUCCGAUGAAGAGGGCGGUAGCGACGACGAAAAGGAAGAAUCUAACUACGAGGUCGUCAAUGAGAAGAGACGCGGAAGGAACUUGGACAAGCACGGAGAUGCGAAAGAUGAAUUCGAGGGGGAAAGCUCCGAUCAAAAAUCAGAGCAGGUGUCGGAUAACAGCGACGUGGAUGACACAGGACCAGAUAGGAAAAAGAAGAAGAAGAAGGCCAACAAUAAGAGGACUUCUGCAGCAAAGAAGAGCAAAGCUAAAAAUGUUGUCUCCGAGGGCGGGAGCGACGACGACGACAAAAAAGAAGAAUCUGACUAUGAGGUUGAAGCAAUCGUAAACGAGAGACGUGUAAGAAAAUCCCGACAGUAUUUGAUCCGCUGGAAGGGUUAUGGAAGUGAACAUGAUACAUGGGAGCCUGAAACCACUCUGAAUUGCCCAGAGAUUUUGCAAAAGUACAAAGAGGACAAGAAGAAGAAGAUGGACGAUGAGGAGAACGAGAUGGACGACAACAAAGAAUACGAAGUUGAACGUAUAUUGGAGGUUCAUUUUAAGAAAAAUGGAAAACGUGAAUUUCUGAUAUCCUGGAAGGGAUACUCCUCAGCGGAAAGGACGUGGGAGCCGGAGGAGAAUAUGGAAUGCACCGAUCUAAUUGACAAAUUUAUGAAGAAAGUGGAGAAGGCUAAACGGUACGAUCCGCACGCUCUGCGUUCAGAACGAAAGCCCACCGAUCGUUUCACAUUGACCACAAAGGAAGGCGGUCGUAGAGUGAGCAAGAGAAAUUCACAGCAACAGAGAGUGCGCUACACCGAUUGCGAAUGAAUAUUUUGGCAAAUUUCGUCGACGGUUUAUAUAUAUUAUUAUUAUUAUUUUGUUUUUUGGAGUUCG